AAGUCUCCCUUUUCUUUCUUCAAUACAACAUAAAGAUAUGACCUUAUUAUCAAGACUACAAUCCAUUUCAUCCCAUCUUCAAGGCAAAAUAAGCACAAAGCCUAUCAUUUCAUUCAUUGGCGGAGGAAACAUGACUGAAGCUAUCUUGGCAGGACUACAUUCAACUGGAUAUCCUUCUUCCAACUUGCGCUAUUCUGAACCCUCAGAAGAAAGACGUGUCUAUAUGCAAUCGAAAUAUCCUGAUUUCUCUAGUACAGCAGAUAACUUGAUAGCAGCUGAAGGUGCAAAUAUAGUAAUCUUAUCUGUGAAACCCCAGGUGUUAAAAUCAGUCGUCACUUCUAUGGCAUCCUUAUUUAACAAAGAUCCAUCCAUAUUACUGGUGUCAAUAGCAGCAGGCAUAACAACAAGCGAUAUCAACAAGUGGAUCAACUCAAAACAUCCCGUAUCUAUUGUGAGAUGUAUGCCUAAUACUCCUGCUUUAAUAGGCGAAGGUGCUGUGGGUCUAUAUGCAACACAUACUGUGAAUAAUGAACAACGAGAACUAACAGAAAGUAUCAUGAAAUCUAUUGCUAAGCAGAUAGCUUGGAUUACAGAUGAAUCACAAAUGGAUACCGUCACGGCAAUCAGCGGAAGUGGUCCUGCGUAUUUCUUUUUAAUGAUGGAAGCAAUGGAAAAUGCUGCAGUUGAGGCUGGUUUAUCUCGAGAUGUAGCAAAGGCACUCGUUAUGCAAACAUGUUUGGGAGCUGCUCGUAUGGCCCAAGAAUCCCAAGAUGAUUUAGCCACCUUACGUAAGAAGGUAACGUCUCCUAAAGGCACAACAGAGGCUGCUAUUCAAUCCUUGGAAUCAAAUCAAUUCAAAAAGAUCAUAUCUGAUGCUGUCUUUGCUGCCCGUGAUCGUGGAAAAGAAUUGGCUGAACAAUUGGGUAAAGAAGCAUAAGCCAUGUAUUUAUUAUAUUAUUCAAACAUUUCUGGACAUCGUUGACCAAACUCUACCACUUUAUUGGCCAAGUCGAGAU